GUCAGAGACGUCACGGGGAAGAUGGCAGUUUCCAGCUCUGUGCUGUCCCCCGUGUUUCGGUUGCUCCGGGCUGGGUGCGGGGUGCUGACCCGGGGGGCAUGGAGUCCGGUGCUGAGCCAGAACCGAGGCCUGCGGGAAUUGACUGAAAAGAAAGACGGAAACGUGACGGUGCUGGAGGGUCGGAUCAGUGAGGUUACGGCCGCCGUGUGUCCCCCGAACCCGUCCGGCGGGUGCCCGAUCUGCCGCUGGAACCUCAAACACAAGUACAGCUACACGGAUGUCCUCCUCCUGAGCCAGUUUAUCCGCUCCGACGGAGGCAUGUUACCGCGCAGGAUCACCGGUCUGUGCAAUGAAGAGCAUCGGAAAGUAGAAGCGAGCGUGCAGAUGGCGCACCGCGCAGGUCUCCUUCCAAAUCACAGGCCGCAGCAUUUAGAGGGGCGGACCCUAAAACCAAAGUUUCACCUGAACAGGUAUCUGACGCGAUAUUCCGUGACGUCUGUCAAACCCAUCCUGAAGAAGGGACUGAAGUGGUGUAAAGUGCGCAUGCCCGUCGGACACCCCGCUCUAAAGGACAACAUUAACUACAGAAAGAAGCCGCUGUACCUAAAGCACUGAGUGAGGAUGGGAAUGAUGUCCGUGCCCCCAAGCCCCCCCCGGUACCACAGCGUGACAUCCGUGACCCCUUUUCAAGGCUGGCGGGAAAUCGGCUCGAUAUCUGCCGGCAGCUCAUGAAAUAAAUCAAUGUCGUUUCUCA